AUGAAGAGAGGCAAACAACGAAAGGAGGUAACCCUCAGGAGUGUCCCUGGAGAUGAUGAAGAAUCAGGCAGACAAAAAGGAGUGAAGGAAAUCGAAGGAUGGACCGGCGGUGGUACAAGGCUUACAUACAAUGGCCUGAACGAGGCUCAUCUGCCCCAGCCUGGCGCUAUGCCCCUUUCGAGACCCCGACUGCCUGCCGCUAGACCGCUUUGGGACCCCGACACCCGCGCGCCCCGCGACUGGAUCAUUGAUCUUCCGGCCUGGUUUUGGCACUGCCCCUUUGGGUUUUACAGGGCUAGUAUGCUUCACACCGCUUGUUGUAACCCCAUGGCUAUCAUCAACCUGCAGACUUUCGUCAUCCGGGGUGUCCAAAAUGUCCCGCACUGGCUCCGCAAGGACAGUCAGUCACAUGACAACGUUAUUUAUAGUGAUAAGCCUGGAAUAGAUGACAUGAUCACAUAUGGCAGUUCCUAG